AUGUAUGUACACAUCAUCAUCAUCAUCAUCAUCAUCUGGCUAACGUUCAACAUCACUAUCCCUGAGUUACGCCAUUCGUCUGGUAAACACGUGCCUGCCCCCACUCCGCCCCAUCUGCCCCCACUCUGCCCCUGCCCCUGCCCCUGCCCCUGCCCCUGCCCCUGCCCUCACCCCCACCUCCACUCUACCCCAUCUGCCGCCCCUGCCCCCACCCCCACUCUGCCCCAUCUGCCGCACUUGCCCCCACCCCCACUCUGCCCCAUCUGCCCCCACUCUGCCCCAUCUGCCGCCCCUGCCCCCACCCCCACUCUGCCCCAUCUGCCGCCCCUGCCCCCACCCCCACUCUGCCCCAUCUGCCCCCACUCUGCCCCAUCUGCCGCCCCUGCCCCCACCCCCACUCUGCCCCAUCUGCCGCCCCUGCCCCCACCCCCACUCUGCCCCAUCUGCCCCCACUCUGCCCCAUCUGCCGCCCCUGCCCCCACCCCCACUCUGCCCCAUCUGCCGCCCCUGCCCCCACCCCCACUCUGCCCCAUCUGCCGCCCCUGCCCCCACCCCCACUCUGCCCCAUCUGCCGCCCCUGCCCCCACCACCACUCUGCCCCAUCUGCCGCCCCUGCCCCCACCCCCACUCUGCCCCAUCUGCCGCCCCUUCCCCCACCCCCACUCUGCCCCAUCUGCCGCCCCUGCCCCCACCCCCACUCUGCCCCAUCUGCCGCCCCUGCCCCCACCCCCACUCUGCCCCAUCUGCCGCCCCUGCCCCCACCCCCACUCUGCCCCAUCUGCCACCCCUGCCCCCACCACCACUCUGCCCCAUCUGCCGCCCCUGCCCCCACCCCCACUCUGCCCCAUCUGCCGCCCCUGCCCCCACCCCCACUCUGCCCCAUCUGCCGCCCCUGCCCCCACCCCCACUCUGCCCCAUCUGCCGCCCCUGCCCCCACCCCCACUCUGCCCCAUCUGCCGCCCCUGCCCCCACCCCCACUCUGCCCCAUCUGCCGCCCCUGCCCCCAUCCCCACUCUACCCCAUCUGCCGCCCCUGCCCCCACCCCCACUCUGCCCCAUCUACCACCCCUGCCCCCACCACCACUCUGCCCCAUCUGCCGCCCCUGCCCCCACCCCCACUCUGCCCCAUCUGCCGCCCCUGCCCCCACCCCCACUCUGCCCCAUCUGCCGCCCCUGCCCCCACCCCCACUCUGCCCCAUCUGCCGCCCCUGCCCCCACCCCCACUCUGCCCCAUCUGCCGCCCCUGCCCCCACCCCCACUCUGCCCCAUCUGCCACCCCUGCCCCCACCACCACUCUGCCCCAUCUGCCGCCCCUGCCCCCACCCCCACUCUGCCCCAUCUGCCGCCCCUGCCCCCACCCCCACUCUGCCCCAUCUGCCGCCCCUGCCCCCACCCCCACUCUGCCCCAUCUGCCGCCCCUGCCCCUACCCCCACUCUGCCCCAUCUGCCUCCUCUGCCACCACCCCCACUCUGCCCCAUCUGCCGAACACUGCCCCCAGUCUGCCCCAUCUGCCGAACCCUGCCCCCACUCUGCCCCAUCUGCCGCCCGUGCCCCCACUCUGCCCCAUCUGCCGCCCCUGCCCCCACUCUGCCCCCACUCUGCCCCAUCUGCCGAACACUGCCCCCACUCUGCCCCCACUCUGCCCCAUCUGCCGAACCCUGCCCCCACUCUGCCCCAUCUGCCGAACCCUGCCCCCACUCUGCCCCAUCUGCCGAAACCUGCCCCCACUCUGCCCCAUCUGCCGAAACCUGCCCCCACUCUGCCCCAUCUGCCACACCAGCCCCCACUCUGCCCCAUCUGCCGCACCAGCGCCCACUCUGCCCAUCUCCCACUCCGCUCCUGCCCCAUCUGCCGAACCCUGCCGGAUCUGCCGAACCCUGCCCCAUCUGCCGAACCCUGCCCCAUCUGCCCUCUCUCGCCCCACCACCGCACUCUCGCCCACCACCGCACUCUCGCCCCCACCACCCCUCUCUCGCCCCACCGCCGCUCUCUCGCCCCACCGCCGCUCUCUCGCCCCACCGCCGCUCUCUCGCCCCACCGCCGCUCUCUCGCCCCACCGCCGCUCUCUCACCCCACCGCCGCUCUCCUCGCCCCACCGCCGCUUUCUCGCCCCACCGCCGCUCUCUCGCCCCACCGCCGCUCUCUCGCCCCACCGCCGCUCUCUCGCCCUACUGCCACUCUUUCUUCCUUCCACCUCUCUCUCCCUUCCACCAGUCUGCACCCUAA